UGUUUUUGCAGCAGAAAAUUGCGAAAAUUGCAAUUGCAAUUGGACAACGAGCGACACAAAAAGCGUAAAAUUACAAAAAACCAGGUGAAAUCGAAUCGUAAACGGCCAGGCACCGGACAGUCCACAAAGAUCGAAUGGCAGGGCAGUAGUAGCCGCCCAGUGAUACGCGACCAGAGGCGCACUUGGCGCGUUGUGGGAAAAACGCGUUGCGUUCUUUCCAAUCCAUUCCCAACAAACCCCGCACACACACACACGCGCGCGCAUACAGUGAACGAGUGAAAGUGCAUCUACAUCUGUGAUUCGUAUAAUAAUGCGUCGCGCAUACGCGAAUUUCGGAACCACCAAAGACUAACAAGUGAUCCGACUACUGUGUUCGUUGGUUAGGAUAACUACUAACCUCCCCGCAAUGGCCGAGCAGGUGGUGCUGGUGCCGCACACCAAAGAAACGGAUGAGCUGGAACCCGCCGCCUCCGCGUCAGUUUCCGACGAUCCGAUGCUGAAUGGCGAAUUGGAUCCGGAGGCGCCCUGCUGCCAUGUGAGCAUGAAGAUGUCCAUCGAUGCGGCCACGCCGCGACUAUGCGACGAUGCCUGUGUGCCGUUGAAAUGCGACGCCACCAGUUUCGUCGACGCCACCGCCUCCUCCUCCUCCGCAUUCGUUGACGCUGCUGCUUCCCAGCUGCCUCCGUCGCCACCGCCCAUACAGGCGAUGCCGGCACGGAGCAGCACGCCGCCUUGCCAACUGCUGGAACGUCUCAACUUCCCCGAGGGCAACAUCAUUAACACCCUGCAUACGAUCCUGGCUUUGCCGCCCUUCGAUCCGUACGCCCCGGCACCGAAGUCGGAGACGGUCUUCAAGGAGGUGGUCUCACUGAUGGAAUGGAGCUUGCGGGAAGACAACGCCAUCGAGCUGCAGCUCAGCGACAAGCUAUUGCACGAGUGUGAGCACAAAAGCGGCGGUGAUCCCAACGAUGAGACGCGAUCAUAUUUGAUGGCCAUUGAGAACAUGCGACUGUUCUCGGAGGAUCCAAAGAAUCCGCUCCGCGAUGCCGAUGGACAGUUGCGUGCAAUUACGCUUUAUUUCCAGAAUCUUGCCUUCAUAUUUGUGAAACACCCGAAGGAGGAGUUCUUUACAUUUUGUUCCUGCAAGGAAUGUCUCGAAUACCGCGAAACCAUUAUGGCUAUUAUGAUGGACCAAUUUAAGGCUGCUCACAUGGUGGUCAUGCUGCUGGACGUAUUGAUCAAGGCUUACAGCCCCAUGUUGAAAAACGAUGCUGCCUACAACAAGUUUGAAAAGCUGCUUGAGUGCAACAAGGAAAUCUAUUGGAUUACAAGUGGCUACCUCUACGACAAGAAUGCCGAAUAUCUUGAUUUUAUUGAUGACACAGCGAUCUCCGAUAAUAUGAUAUUAGUGCUAUUCAGCGCGAUCUUGAUGGCGAACAAUCCUAUGCUGCUGCUACAAAUACUCGCCUACAACGUAGAAUGCAUUGUCAAGGCAUUCUCGGAGGGCAUGAUUGAAAUCGCCCAGAACAUUCAGGAGAACGAGAAAACUCCCGCGGAAAGGAUGCUGACAUACAUACUUGAUGGGUACUCCGAUCUGAACUGCAUCUCGCAAAAGAUUUCCCUCAGCCUCUUUGCGUUCGAGAACGAUUUCCUGCGCAAGUUCAAGCUCUCCUGGGUGCUACUGUGCCAACGCCUUUUCCAGCAACAUGUGUUCACUCCACUGGGCGAUACCAUGCUGGCCUGCAUUCUCGCGCUCAAGGAGGCGAUUCCAUCCUCCCAGACAACGGCGUUGAUAAAGCGUUAUAUGCUUUUUGACGAGCACAUGCACUCUAUUGAACGGCGCUGGACGGACAUUUGGAUUGAGCUGAACAAGUUCAACUUGUCGCCAUCGGAAAAUGAACGUCGGAGUGGCUUGCUGGAUGUGUACAACAUAUUCGACAAGGUCGUCCUGGAUGCCACCUCGUUUUCGCUGCCGGACAUCAGCGACGAUGAAUUCAUCGACUUCCAGCGCAUCGUGGAUCGUCAGCUGGCGUGGAAGAACAUUAUGGCAUUUACGAAGCUGAAGUGGCCUGAUGGCUUCUACGAUCCGCCCAACAAUUUGCUCCACGAAGAUCUCUGCAAGAAGUGCAAUUCAUUGCUCGAACACCAUAACGAGAACUGCAAAUGCAUAACUUGCUCCAUUGCAGGCACUCCUAUGCGACCGCGGCAAGCGGGUCAUUGCGCCAAAUGCACAACGCUCGGCAUUGUCGAGAAGGAUCCCAAGCUGAUGAAAUCCAAGAUUCUUAGCACUUGCACCAGCGACGAGGCUAAGCACAAUGCGGCAACAGCGAGCACAAGCUCCGCUGCCCAGCAGCAUUUGCAGCGUCGUUUCAGCGAUCUGCCGGAGGAUGAGUCAGCGUCCGGAACCGGCGGCGGCCACAGUAGUGGAUCAUCGGUGUUCCGACGGCAGACGGAGACGACAACGGACUCCCUGCGCACUACAUAUCACAUUGCCUGGGCGGUGUUCCAGCACUUGACCACCAGAAAGCGUUAUCGCCACGACCUAAUCGAGGCGCAGUUCUUCUGCGGAGAGAAUUGCCGUGUCUCCGCCUGCCAAUUGGCCAGGAAGAUUUUGGCCAACCAGCUGUCGCCGCCUCUUACCAAGUAUCUGCUGCGCUGCUUUCAGCCCUUGUCGUUCACGCGGGAGGAGCUACGCUCCACGUUGCCCUCCUUGAUGUUCUUCAAUCGUAAGCUGGCCCCAAGUCCCGCCGAGCUGCAGGAGCUGCGUAACCAGCACUAUGUUUAUAAAACGUAUUGGACCUUCGUCCUAUCCAUCUAUGCCAACUUCUUUGUCAAGUUCAAUUCGAGCAGCACUGAUUUUGGCCACUUGGAGCUGCAAAAGGGGGAUCUGCGCCUCCGGCUCAAUAGUGUAGUGGGAGACAAGGAUGAUGGUCGCUUCGAACAGUUUCUGGCUCAAGUUAUUGGAUAUUCUCCUUUCAAAAUCACAGAUGAUUUUACGCUUGGCGAUGCCAACAUAGAGAAGAUGCAAUUUGGCGUGGAUCAGCUGAUGAUGUUGCAUGACUCUCAGAUAAUCAAACGCACUAAGCCGGAUAGCACCACUGGAGUAUCUGGUGGCAAGUCCAAGGCGGGCGACCAUCCCAACAUGUCGCAGUCUGGUAAUAGAGGCAGCGGCGAAAUUGGUGCCAAUAAGAAGAGCAAGGAAAAGAUGCGCAAAUGCUGUGCCGACUAUGCAGACAUUGGGGAGCCCUGCAAGGAGAAUCACUCGAAGAAGCGUGUCAAGAAGGAGUGUAGUCAUGCCCGCUUCAACGAAACACGAGAUCGUCUGCGCAAGAAGCUCUCCCAGAUUGUCAAUGACCGGAAGAGCAAGUCCGUUGAGGAAGUUCCCACCCCGGCCAAAGUCAAGCCUGCUCCCGAGGCAGUCGCUGUGCAGUCAGCGCCGGCAGCCGCCAGCCCACCGAAGCGACCGCCCAAGGCCCAAGAAGCCGCCCAGCCACCGAGCCAACCUCCCACCCUUAAAGUUUUUGCCACUGCACAGCUCCAGGAGUCCUCCAGCAAAUCUGCGAAGCUUCCCGACGUGUGUAAGCAACAACAGGUUGAGCAGCAGCCGCAGGCAGCAAGUGAUAACAGUCUGCUGUGCCUGGACAGCCUCUGCAAAAGCAUCCAGAUGCAAACAGACGCCACUGCGGCGGCGGCAAAUGCGGCCGCAGCUGCGGCAGCUGUGGCUGGAAGCACCUUCUCGGCGGACUACAGUAAGGAAGACAUGAUGCAGGACUUUGCCGAGUUCCUUGGCACCUAUACCCGCGAGCAAGACCAGCAGCGCUGGAUCAACGAGACUCUUAACUUUAUCGAGGGCAAGUCCCAGCAGCCGCAGACCGCUAAUCCGAAAAAGGCAGCCAAGAAGGCCAAGCAGAAGAUGCGAAAGGAGGAGGAAAAACGCAUCAAGGAGCUUGAGGACAUGCGGGGCCAGUUCCUCGACAUUUACUUCAAGGAGUUCAUCGACAAAUAUGAGAUGAAAGCUCUGACGGCUGCAGGCGGCCGAAAGAGGGAGAAGAAGCGCAUCAGCGAGCUGGAGGCGAACAUCAAGAAUCUGCAGCGGGCCAAGGCAAAGGUGGAGACUGUAAUUCUGGAGCUUAUUGCCACUGUGAAGCAGACGAACAGUGAAUUUAAGUUUUCAUACCUGCCCACUAAAGAGCAGCAACUGGCCAAGAUGGCCCAGCUAGAGGACAUUUUGAACGGCGGAGGAAGUUCGACAGUUGUGACGCCGGCUGCCGAGCCUGAAGUCCAGUUGCAAUGCCCAGAGUUUAACCCCAGCUCUUUUUACACUACCCCAGUGUGCUAUGCUCCUCCGCAGCACCCGCAGAAGCCGCAGCAGCUUUCUCGAGAUGUGAUUGCCGCCAUGGCCGCCAACUCCAUCACUGCCGAUCCAUCCAAGCGUAUUGUGACAAUACGCCGGGUGCAGCUGCCCCAUCCGGGUGCCGAGCAGCAGGUCACUGUUGUGGCCAAAGGCAGUGCUCCGCACGAAGACAAGCUGCUCUACACCUUCGUUAACGGCCAUAUGGUAGCAUCUUCGGGUCCAGCUCAAUCAGAUAUGCCUGCAUCCCACCCGAUCGCUGUCCCAGCUCCAGCUCCAACUCCUGCUAUGCCCGAGAAGAGCGCCAAGGCCAAGAAGAAAGAGGCUAAACGAGCUGCAGCGGCCGCGGCAGCAGCAGCAGCGGCUGAGCAGGAACCUAAAGUGAACAAGAAGCAGGCAAAGAAUUCUGCAGUACCGGUUGCGUCCACCACCGCCUCCAGCUCCACAACAUGCAGCACCUCCUCAAAGUCUCAGACGCCGCAGAGCACGCGCGAGAGCUCCGUGUGCAGUGUGAAGAAGCCAAAGACUGCACCCAAGAAGCUGACAAAUACCAAGCCCCCACCACCUCCCGUACCAAUGCCUGUGCCGCAGGAGCCACCGAAGAAACAGAAGCGAGUCAAGUCGCGUCUGGACCCCGGACAGCUUGAUAAUAAUCCCUUCAAAUCACUCCACAUGCAGGACUCGUCAGAGGGCGAGUGGGAAACGGGCAGCGAGUCAUCGGAGGAGAGCGUGAAAAUGCCAGUGACACCACCAAAGCCUACUGUUCCGGCGCCCAAGCCAAUGGUUGCUCCACCAGUGAUUAACACAAAGCAGAAGCCAGCAUCAAGUGCUAAUUCUGCGCCUGCCAAAAAGGCAAGCCAGCAAGAAGUAGUGCCAAAGCAGCAGACAACGCAGUCAGCCAAGGCUCCCAAUCAGGCUAAAGGCAAGGCUACGCCAGUGCCUGCUGCUGGUGGAAAAUUGAAUUCUCAAUCGCAGCAGAAUCAUUCACAGGAAAAGGUGGUCCCUAGUAAAGGCCAGUCUCAGCGCCCAGCUGAAUCCACUCGGAAGCCGAAGCAGCAGGUUGCCGGGCAACAACUCGAAUCGAAUCGCAGCCCUCACACUCAGCAGGUCUAUCAGACGCAGCCGCAGCAGCAGUCGCGCACUGGACGAGCAAUCAGUGGGCGGGCAAAGCCAUCUUCAUCCGGUGUGCAGCAACAGCCAGUCUCACACUCCAUCGCUCAUCAGGCCGAAAGCAGUGCACCAUCAAAGCGAACACAACGCGGCAAACGCGGGCACCGCCAGAAGCAGGAGGAUCUCUCCGGCAUUCCACACAAUAUGGGCUAUUUCAACCCCAACGAAGUUGCCAUACCCCCGUCUCAGUCGGGAAGCUAUGCUAACACCUUGACCCAGCAGAUGCAGCAUCUGCGUAUCGGGCAGUCAUCUGGCUCCAGCUCUAGCUCCAAGCAACAGCAGGCCAAGUCUCCAAACUGUAGCAUCAUGGAUCAGCUGAACCGAGGUGUGCAAGUGGAACAUCUUUCGCUGCCGCCCGGCAUUACGCUCACGAAGGUGGAUCCAGCCAAAAGCGAACAGUUGCGUCAGAAGAGCGAAUCCAUCCGGUUGCUAUCCAAACCACUGGCCGAACAGCAGCAACUACAGCAGCAUCACUUCCAGCAGCCAUCGCAUUCGUUAGCGGGUUACUAUGGAGCAGCGGGAGACGCUGGCAUGGAUCCCAAUGGCGUGAUCAUGGUAGAGGCCAAUCCUCGUCCCAUUCGUUCUAGCCAGAUUCAGAAUACACCUGCAAACGUAGCAGCUGCAGCUGCUUUAGCUGCUGGUACUAGCGGGAAGUCCUCAAGACGCCGGCGUCGUAAUCGUGGAAAAUCCGGAGUUGGAAUUGGCGGAGCCACUGCCAGUUCUGGAGCUGCCAAUAAGCAACGAUCCGGAGGCGAAAUUGACGGAGGAGCGGGAAUAGGUGCGCCCACAGCUUCAAUUGAAACCAGUGCUGGCGGCAAUAUAAUCACACUGCGCAAUCCCAUGUUCCACCAAGGCAACAAUGGGCCAGCGGCCAGUGGCGGUAUGUUGCCACCCAAUCCCAACCCAAUUCCGUCAGUGCGAACCUUUCCUGGUGCUGGUCUACCAAUUGCCGCGCCACCAAUGGCUAUGGAUCAGCCAGCUGCGAUAAUUAAGAACGACAACGGAAUGUUCACCAUACGCAAUCCAGCGCUGCACCAGGCAGUGACAAAUGGCCUUGCAAUGGGCGGCUACCGGCAGUUUGGCAGUAAUGUCAACUACUAUACUCCGCAAGAGGCAGUGGCGGAGGCGGCUAGAGCCACACAGCACAAGCUACAGCAACAGCCGCAGGUAUCGGCUGCCAGCAGCCAAGCUAGCAACACCAGCAGCAGCUCCACGUUCUCCUACUUCUCGAGUGGAUCGUCCAGCGUGAACAGCAGCGGGAGCAGCAACAACGGCGGUGGCGGUGGCGGAGGCGGAGGCGGGACGCACAACAAUAUCAGUAUUAGCUGUACAAACGUUCCACCAAACAGCGGCAACAGUCCUGGAAGAUUGGUCGGCGAAGCGGCGGUGAUUGCGCGGCCCAAACACUCGCAACAAAAGUGUCUGUCUGCCAUCGGUAGCGAGCUGAAGCAAAAGACCAAAGACAGCAAGUGGCCAUGCUACGCCCCACAACAACAGCAGCAACAACAACAGCAAUCGUCGUCGACAGACUACCACCAAGCGUCUGGAGGAGGCGGAGGCAUUCCAUUGCAAGAGAAGUACCAGCAGUCAAGCUACUACAACGGCUUCGAGGUCUUUUCGUCUGCAUCGUCCGGUUGUCCGUCGCAGGUAUCAUCAGCUGGCGGCGGUGGCGGAUCGAGCGAGUGUCACAUGCAUCACAGCUGUGGCGAUGACUCUCCGCCGCCAACCAUCACCGGUUUCAAUUCCUACCUGGAGGGCAUACCCAACACCGGAGUCAUUCGCUACGACGACGCCGCCUUUCUCAAGAAUCUAAUACCGGGCCAGCAUCUCAACAAUGAGGUGUCGAUACACAAUAUAUCGGAGUCCAACUUCUCGCGCAACAAUGCAUCAUCGUCGCCGCAUCACGUGGAGAUAACUAGCGUGUUUAGCACCCGGGUGCGUCCCUCGAAUGCAUACGAUCCCCAGCAACCACAACAGUCUGGCGGCAGCGUUCCAGGCGCCAGCUACUGCGAUAAUGUGGUUGGCGACUACGGCAACGAUUCCCACCUGUUCGUGCAGAACAGCCUACUGACACGAAUGCAGCCACAGACGCCAGCGCCACCAGAUCCCUUUGGCUAUGACUUUGAUCCCUCGGUGGUGGCGGGCGGAGGAGGAUCCAAGGCCGCAAGCGUGGCCAGCGAUCUAAACGAAUUUCUACGUCGCAGCCCGCUCAGCCAGCGAACAUCGCCGUAUACACCGGACGAGAAUGCGGCAGCUUUGGAGACGUUCGUCCAAAAUAUGAAUGCCCUGCAGAUCGCUAGCGAUGCCGAACAGUGUUCUCGACUGAACGGAUCAGGAGCCGAAGAUGGGCCCGUGGCGGAUGCCACCGCUGGAGGAGCGGGCAGGGCUGCUUCCGCCUGGUGGUGAAGGCGACAUGACUAGGGGUUACGGCUUGGACGAUUGGACUCCAUACACGUCUCUCUCUCACAUACGCAGAAAACGAUAAAUUAAAACGAAACAUAAAACUACAAAAAAA